AUGAGACUUCAAGGAGUCACUGAGGACCACAUCAAGUUAAGAGCCUUCCCUUUCUCUUUGGCAGAUAAGGCUAAAGAUUGGUUAUUUUACCUGCCAUCAGGAUCCAUCACUACGUGGGAAGAAUUGAAGAGAAGAUUCCUCGAGAAAUUUUUUCCUGCCUCUAGAGCCGCCAAUAUAAGGAAAAAAAUAUGUGGAGUUAGGCAGGCGAAUGUGGAAACUCUAUAUGAGUACUGGGAGCGCUUUAAACAACUGUGUGCCAGUUGCCCACAUCAUCAAAUCCCGGACCAGCUCUUAAUACAAUAUUUCUACGAGGGAUUAUCACCCAUGGAUAGGAGCAUGUUAGAUGCAGCCAGUGGCGGCGCUCUAGUGAACAAGACCACAGACGAAGCCACGUUAUUGAUCUCCACCAUGGCUGAAAAUUCCCAACAAUUUGGAGUGAGAGCUGAUGGAGCAAUAAGAAGGGUCAAUGAAGUGAAUCACUCUGCCUUAGAGGGUAAACUAUCUGAGCUUACCUCUCUGGUGCGUCAAAUGGCAAGGGGGCAAUUACAAUCUGUGAAGACUUGUGGUAUCUGUGCUGCUCCCGGACACAUGACUGACAUGUGCCCAACUCUCCAGGAGGAUUCACCUGAACAAGCCAACAUAGUGGGAGAUUUUUCUGGACCACCUCCACGAAGGAAUGAUCCUUUUGCACCCAAUUACAACCCAGGGUGGCGAAAUCAUCCUAAUUUUAGCUAUGCUUCAAAACCCCUUGGUUUUCAACAACAUUUCCAACCACGGCCACCAGUGCAACAACCAUCCACUUCCAAUUCAAACAUGUCUCUUGAAGAUAUGGUGAAGUCACUGGCCCAAAGCACGAGUCAAUUACAGCAAGAGGCUCAAAGAUCUCAACAGGAAUCUCACAGAUUUCAACAAGAGACUCGUGCUAGCAUUAGGAAUUUGGAAGCACAAAUGUCCCAAUUGGCAACUUCCAUGAGCAACCUGGAAAAUAGCAAUAGAGGGAAAUUACCAUCUCAAGUAAUUCCUAAUCCCAAGGAGAAUGCCAGUGCAAUGCAAUUACGGAGUGGCAAGGAGGUACAGUCUCCUAGGCGUGCCCACGCCAGAGAAGAAGAAGUGCCCAGGAAGGUGGAAGAGGAAGAAGAGAAACAAUCCUCUGAAAUCUCAAAGAAAGUUGACAUUCCUCCUCCUUUUCCUAGCAGGUUUACAAAAGCUAAAAAAGAAGAAUCUGAAAAAGAGAUUUUGGACACCUUCAGGAAAGUGGAGAUCAAUAUUCCUCUGCUGGAUGCUAUUAGGCAAUUGCCUAAAUAUGCUAAAUUUUUGAAGGGCUUAUGCACUAAUCGCAAUAAGUUAGUCUGGAUGACAAGGUGA